CGUCAUUGCUGUGACGUCAGCGGAAGGGGCGGGGCCUGGGGAGCGGAGGCGGAACAGGUCUCCUCUGACCAUCCAGACCCUUCACCAUGGGUGAACGCAAGGGCACCAACAAGUACUACCCGCCCGACUUUGACCCCGCCAAGCAUGGCUCCCUCAACCGGUACCACGGCAGCCAUCCCCUGCGGGAGCGCGCCCGCAAGCUGUCCCAGGGCAUCCUCGUCAUCCGGUUCGAGAUGCCGUACAACAUCUGGUGUGACGGCUGCAAGAACCACAUCGGGAUGGGGGUCCGGUACAAUGCGGAGAAGAAGAAGGUCGGCACCUACUACACCACUCCCAUAUACAGGUUCCGGAUGAAGUGCCACCUCUGCGUCAACUACAUUGAGCUGCAGACGGACCCUUCCGGAUGCGACUACGUCAUCGUCAGCGGCGCUCGACGCAAAGAGGAGCGCUGGGACAUGGCUGACAACCAGCAGGUCCUGCCCACUGAGCGGGAGGCGAAGGAGAAGCUGGAGACAGAUGCCAUGUUCCGGCUGGAGCACGGCGUGGCUGACCAGGCGACACUGCAGCGUGCGGCACCUACGUUGGCCUCGCUCCAGGAGGCCCAGAGCGCCUGGAAGGACGACUUUGCCCUCAACAGCCGCCUCCGGAGGCGGUUCCGGGAGGAGAAGAAGACACUCCGCGAGGAAGAGGAGGAAGCAGCGGCGCUGCAGGCGAAGGCCGGGCUCAGCAUCCCGCUGGUGCCGGAGGCGGAGGAGGAUCGGCGCUUGGCCACGCUGCUCAAGUACCGCAGCCCUGACUCCUACGAGGAGAAGCAGCGGCUGAAGCGGACGGAGAUUUCCAACCGCUCCUGGUUUUCCGCGGCUGCCGGCGGCGGCAAAGCCUGCGAGGCCCUGCGGAAGCUGGCGCUGGGGGGGCGAGCGCUGCGGGUUCAGGGGGGCCCCCCCUCCACCCCCACCGGCUUCGGCAUCGUCCGCCGUCGCUCCGCGGAGGAACCAGCUGAGCCGGAGGGGACAGAGCAGGACGAGGGGACCCCCUGCACCCCUCGAGGCGAGGCUGGGGGGGACCCCGAAGCCGAGACCCCCCCGGCGCCCGUCGGCAAAGGGCAGGGAGGGGGGGGCGAGGCUGGGACCCCCCAAGGCCCCGUCACCGCGUCCCUCGUUGCUGAUUAUUCCGACUCCGGCUCCGAAAGCGCCUGAGUGCCGUUUGGGGCCGGACCCCCCUGUUCCUGGCUGGUCCUGACGGGAUGGGGGGCACCCGAGGUCCCCCCCUCCCCACCUUUGUGCCCCCCCUCCCAGUAAUUAUUCCCCUUCCCAGGUAAUUAAAAGCUGCUGGCAGCUCCGGCACU